GCCGGCCAAACCGAUGCAUGGCUUACCGUGAUGUUCCUGCUGCUAUAAAUUGCUGCCAGCAGUGCUUCACCAGGCUCAGCUCCAGCAGAGCAGGAGGGAGAGGAUUUUUACCUGCACCCAGCUCCCCAUCAGGCACAGGAGGAGCUGAAGAGCAGCAGCCAGGAGAAGGCAGUGUCAGGCAUCCCGGAUGCAGGGCCAGCAUGGUGUCUCUGCUGGACAACAUAGCCAGACCUUCUGCUGUCGUUCUGCAGCUGUCUGUGGUGCUUGGUGUCAUCCUUGUGCUGCUGAAGGUGGCCCAGUUCUGCCAGGAGAGGAAGAAACUCAUCAAAGCUCUGGAGGCAUUCCCUGGUCCCCCGAAACACUGGCUCUAUGGCCACAAUCACCUGAUAACUGCGGAUAAAGUAUUAAAUCAGAUGGUGUUGUGGGCUGAAGAAUACCCCUAUGCCUUUCCCAGGUGGCUUGGACCAGUUCUGCCUUCUCUGGUAAUCCACCAUCCUGAAUAUGCCAAAACCAUACUUGGCCGAACGGAUCGCAAGCCCAGUGUACCCUACAAAUUCAUAGUUCCCUGGAUUGGGCAGGGGCUGUUGAUCUUGGAUGGAACUAAAUGGUUCCAGCAUCGGAAGCUGCUCACCCCGGCCUUUCAUUAUGAUGUGCUGAAAUCUUAUGUGGCCCUGAUGUCAGACUCGGUCAAAGUGAUGCUGGAUAAAUGGGAAAAGAAGAGCACACAGAGGAAGUCAGUGGAGCUCUUUCAAGAUGUCAGCUUGAUGACACUAGACAGCAUCAUGAAAUGCGCCUUCAGUUAUAAUACCAGCUGCCAGACUCAGAGCAACUCAGACUAUUAUAUCAGAGCUGUUUAUGACCUGAGCUACCUCGUGAGCAAUCGACUUCGGACUUUUUCUUACACGGAUGUCUUCUACAACUUGACUCGCAAAGGCCGUGACUUUCAGGAUGCCUGCAAGCUGGCCCAUAGCCACACGGAUAAAGUAAUAAAGGAAAGAAAGAUGUUGCUUUCCAGUGAGAAGGAACUUGACAAGAUCCAGAAGAAGAAACACCUGGAUUUUUUGGACAUUCUCCUUUGUACCAAGGAUGCAAAUGGAGUUGGGCUAUCUGAUGAGGACCUGCGUGCCGAGGUGGACACGUUCAUGUUUGCAGGUCAUGAUACCACAGCUAGCGGGAUCUCCUGGCUCUUCUACUGCUUGUCAUUAUAUCCCAAGUACCAGCAACGGUGCAGGGAGGAGAUCCAGGGGAUCUUGGGAGACCGAGAUACCAUUGAGUGGGAGGACCUUGGGAAGAUGGCUUACACCACAAUGUGUAUCAAGGAGAGCUUGCGCCUGUUCCCACCAGUUCCUUUUGUGUCCCGAUACCUCUCUAAAUCUGUCACAUUUUCUGAUGGACGCAGCUUGCCAGCAGGCUGCCAGGUUGGACUGAACAUAUUUGCUAUUCACAGGAAUCGGGAUGUGUGGGAAGACCCCGAGGUGUAUGAUCCCCUGAGAUUUUCUCCAGAGAACUCAGCACAGAGGCACUCCCAUGCUUUCCUGCCUUUCUCUGCUGGAUCCAGGAACUGCAUCGGGCAGCAGUUUGCCAUGAAUGAGAUGAAGGUGGCAGUGGCCCUGACCCUGCUCCGCUUCGAGCUCUGCACCAAUCCAUCCAAGCCUCCUGCACUGAUACCACAGAUUGUCCUCAGGUCCAGCAAUGGGAUCCACCUGCAUCUGAAGAAGAUUCACUGACCCUGUGGGGUACCACGGUGGGGGACAAGCACUUUCCCAAGGACUACCCUCCACCCAGAAGUCUAAGAGCGGGACACCAAACAUACCCACCCUGGCCAUCUCAGACCUCUCCCACAUUAGCCUCCCUCCCUGCUGCUGGCCAGGGGGGCACACUGAGCCCCCUUGCACACACACCAAAGCCAGCAGGUCCAGGUCCCAUCCUUGCACGGGGAGCAGCACUGCCAAGUGGGUUUUGCAGCACAGCUGUGGCUCAGCCUUCACCUCUGCAGGCAUCCUCCAUGUCCUACUCAUCGCUUCACCUCCAACCUGCCCUCGCAUGCUUCCUGGCGGGAAUUCUGUCACCUGCCUGUGUAUCUGCAGCAUUGUCAGUUCCCUGCUUGGGCACAGCAGUGAGCAACGCCAGUGUGGUUUGCAUGAGUGUCUAAAUCCUGGACGCUGCCCGAGCACGAUGUCCCUCCCCUGCCUCCAAACUGGGUGCGCCGGGCUCCUCCCUGCAGCCACACUGCAACACCAUGUACCACCCCCCAAAUUAUUCCCCCUGAUCUGUUCUGGGGCUGGCACUGUGCACGCCAUUAUGGAGAUGAAGGCCAGUGGGUUCUUCUGCCCCAGCGCUGAACUUCCUCGAGCUGAAGGUGCUCAGGAGUCAGCACAGAGACACCGGCUUAGUCACCGGCUAACCUGGAGAAAGCACUCACCAUGCUGAAAGCAAUGUGUGAUCAGCCUUUUCCCCUCUGAAAUGAGAAUAAAGCCUUGUGGAGAUGCUCCCCAAGCAUGGCUUUGGCUUCCUUUGCAUUUGGGGGGGCAAAGGGUGUACAGGAUAAAUCCCAGCAGCCCAGAGGCAAGGCUGUGCCCAAGGGUGCAGCCCUGUGAGUGUUUUCUCAAGCCGCAAGGGCUGUUUCAGCGGGUUUGCCACCCCGUUGAGCCUGAGGAGCCUGUUUCCACCCCUCCCACCCCAUGGGUCACCAAGCUCUCGCCUCUUCCUCCAGGAGUUUCCAUGGUAAGAAAACAGCUGAAACAAUCUGGGGUCAAACAAAGCAAAACAGAAAUCAUCACCACCAUCACCCCCCAAGUGCUGGUGGCAAGAACAAAAUCAGCUUGCAAAAGAAAAAGUCCCGAGAGGGAGCACAAACCCAUCAAGCCCUUUUCUGCAGAGGCUGAGAACUGACCACUCAGUUCAUGAGUGAGCUGCCCAAGGGUGCAGGCGGGCGUUGGCCCUGGGGCUGGGCUUGUUUUGGGUGUGCAGGGACCUAUUGCAGGCCCUCCCUCCAGCAUGGAUCAUAGGUGGGGUUCUAAGCCAAAGGGGUGAGCUGGGUCAGCUGCAGGUCUGGGGUGGGAAAUGGAUCACUAGGUGGCAGUGGGAGACCCAGGAAAACCCAAAGUCCUCCCUGGUCCCUGGCAGAACCACCUGGGCUUAGCAGGGAGCAUGGCCAGGCUCAGUAGGGCAGCUGAUGGGCCCCUUCCCUGGGGCAUCCCCAUCCCCACCCUCAGCCCUGCAGGGCAGCAGAGCAGGCGCUGCUCCAUCACAGUCCCCAGCACCACGGUGGUGUUACCCAUGGCACAGGGAAAGCUUGUCACUGCCAGGGCCCAGGCCCUCAGCAGGCACCAAGGGAAACUGAGGCAUGGAGGGCUGCACACGUGCCAUUCUAUGGUGAGAGACAAGGCUGUUCCUCCAGCUCUCACCCAUGGCAAUAGGAUUACCAGCAUCACUGCAGGCACUAACAUAGCCAAACCGUACCCAUCUGUCUGGGCAGCUCACCUCUG